AAAAGACUCAUGAUGGUUGUCCUAUAUCGUACUAAUAUUGAACGCGAAUAUAGGUACGAUUUAAAAAAAAAAUUUUAAACCGUAUGUUCUAAUUUUGUUAUAAAAGCAUUAUAGUUUUAUAACUAGCAACACCGCUCAUCAAAAGUGUCAGCUGUCAUUUCACUUGGUUGUCAAGUUACAUGCGCGUAACAGUUUAUUGCGAACAAUAGUAAAAAUUUUGUUUGUGAUUUGAAGAAAGAUAACAAAGAAAUCUGCAAGAAAUUUAUAAAAAGUUCUUUAAUGACUCCACAAAUGUUUGCUGUUGAAAUCAACAAUGCACUGCAAAAGCUUGGAUCCAUAAUAUUUGAAAGUAAAUGAUGUUGAUUUACUUGAAGUAAUUGUAUUGAAGAUGCCGCUGAUGAGACUUAGUUGGCAAUCAAUAAAUACUAAGACGACAGGUUUGCUUAUGGAUUGUGAUAAGCGUAAAAACAAACGUUUCAUAACUUUAAAUCAGUGUGCAGUCCAAGAUAAACCAAUAUUUUAUGGCGGAAAGUGAAAAUAAUUUUUUGAACAGCAAUUUACCAGUUCGUGGGUCAGUUGAUAACACAUAUUUUAAUUAUAGUAACAUAAACUCUAAUGGAAGUCAAGAUCAGGAUGUAAAUUCAUGUGAAAGAGUUAGAAAUCAGCAGAGGAGUUAUAGUAGUAGUUUUAUAUCACCAACCGACUUUAAUGUAAUUGAAAGAAUACAUUCUGUUGAUAAUGACAGAUGUCAAUCUUCCCAAACUUUAAAUUAUGCUGUAACCUCUAGUAACUUUCAUGCUUCGCCCAGUUAUAAUGCAAUCUACAAUAAUGGUUUUCGAACACCCAGCACUUAUCAUGGUUAUUCAACUCCCUCUAACGCUUUUUUAACCUCAAGUAAUAUUUAUCAAGCACCCAAUGAAGUUCCUGUUAUGUCUAGUAACGUUUAUGGAACAUCCAGCAAUACUUAUCGAACUAGUAGUAACAUUUGUGGAACACCCAAUACCGUUCAUGUUACACCUAAUAAUAUAUAUAGAACACCCAAUAAUUUAUAUGGAAUACGAACUACUAAUCAUGUGACAUCAUGUAACAAUGCAUCAUCUCUUAUUGCAACAUUCAGUAAUAGGCAACAAUUUGAUAAUACAAACCGUCAACAUAAUAUCUUACAACAUCAGUCUAGUGUACCAAAUUUUCAAGUAACUUCACCGACCAAUUUCAAUAAUACUCUUCACUCGAUUUCAGUAGAUGAAUAUUUUGGUUUUCCAAGAAGUAGGAUUGAUAGGCCGUUAUCUAAUUCCUUUAGACCCGAUAAUUCCGCUCAGUUACCUUUACAUCAUUCCACAAGUUGGAGUUUAGAACUAAAUCCAAACUCGUGUAGUAUCUCUGAUUACUUAUACAAGCAAAAUGAAAGUAUGUUCAGGUUGUAUGAUGCCACAAGUCUUGCUGUUAAAGAUGAAGAACGAUUGAAAGAGGAAAUACGUAUUCUUGAGUCUCAAGUAAAUUCGCUUCCACGAGUACAAAAUAAUUCAAAUAAAUUAGAUUAUUUAGAUCUUCAAGAAGAAAACAAUAGGCUUCAAGGUGAGUUGUUACGAAUGUAUGAAGACCUUGAUAAACUUGGAGUUCCUAUUCCAAAAUGUAACCCAUCAGUUCCAGUAGAAAUCGAUGAAAACUGGGAAUGCCCUCAAUGUACUUUUAAAAAUUUAGCACUUCCCAAAUGUGAGAUGUGUGAAUGUUUGCGUCCUGGCCGUUUAUUGUUGAAUUAAAUUUUUAUCUAUUUUUAUAUUAUUUUAAUAUUGUAAAGCUUUAUCUAAUUGUAUAAAAUUAUGUUUUUUUUUUUUUUGUGCGUAUAUUUUUUAAA